AUGGCUACUGCUCUAGGCGUCAUCUCCAGCGCAAUCUCGAUCUUCAACUUCGCCGAAGGCUUGUUCCCUGAGCCAAAGACUUAUCACUCCAAGCUAAAGAUCUAUGUUGGUUUUAACACUCAACCAACGACAGAUCAAGAUUCUCCAGACAACGGUUACAAAUACAAUGGCAACGGCGGCAACUCCGGGUCCUUGGCCAACGCUGCUGGCCGCUGCCCUGAUAUUCGACUCUGGGAUGAUGCCGAGAAUUUCCUUGGCAUCACAAACGAUGACUCCUACAUUCAAGGAGGUAAUUAUGCCCAGAAGGAGGUUAACCACGGCAGUAGCAAUGCCGGCUCUGCCUAUGGAGUCUUCACGGCCAACGAUGAUGCUAUCUGCAUGGCUUAUAUCCUUAACAAGUGGCCUGACGGUCAGUCAUACGGCUGGACUGGAGGCUUCGGCCGCGUGUGUGGCCACAGCUGGUAUCCUUCGAGCGUAUCUCUCGGCGGGCACUAUACAAAUUGCAUCUGGCUUUCGAAUAACGGAGCUGCCACUGAUGUCACUGCCAUCCAAGUUCACUUCCCCGACUUCGAAGACAACGAUCUGAACAGACAAUAUCAUGGUGUCGGAGCCAAUGCCGGUAGUUAUUGUCAAAUUCCCAGUCUCGCAUUCGACAAGGACAACGAUCCCGGUUACAUCCUCUACAAGCGCGGUGACAAUAAGACAACCACUUCAUUGAUCACUUCUGUUGCGGACACUGUCUCCGACACGAUCUCAGGUGCGGUGAAGCAGCUUCGCACCGGUAAUCUUCUCAACGAUACCCGCCUCGUCCAAAGUAACAUCCCCGAGCACAGCGCAAUCGACCUUUGUGAAAGCGAGACUAGUGUCGGUCCCGAUUUCGUCUCCACCGUGGAAGGCAUGAUGUGCGACAUGGGCACUAAGCAACACAUGCCUCUCUGUGCCGUUGGUGUGCUUGGCAGGUGUUUCGAUCUUAAGACCACGAGUGUCUUGGUGGACGGACUUCUGAGCGCUGUAGAGAGUAUCUGGAACUAUAGCAACAUCGAAGUUUGGGAUGAAAGACGUGCCGAGGACGACAUGUAA